CACCGUUUGACUUUGCAUUUGCAUUUGCAUUUUGCAUUUUGCAUUUUGCGAAGAGCCUCCUACGUCUUGGAAGAGAAAACCCCCGAAAACGAAAAAAGCAAAAACGCACAAACCAACCCGCACAGACGACGACGACGACAGAAGCCCAAAAUUGGGAAGAGAGGAAGACACCGAAGGGAAAUCUGAAUCAGAGGGUCCGGUUGCGGUGCCAGCCCGGACCCCGCCCACGGUCUCCGACCCACCACCUGUCCUAGCUUAGGGUUACUUCUUCUUUUUCUUCUUCUUCUUCAGGUUGGUGCUGGGCGAGAGGUGUUUGUGAAUUGUAAUUUUGGGAUUAAAGAGCAAGGGAAGGAAUCGGGAACGAUGGGUUCGAAGCCAUGGCUGCAUCCGGCUCCGACCUAUCGUUCCUUGGAGACAUAUUGGGACUCUGAUGACGACGCGCCCGGGCCCCGCUGCGGCCACACCCUCACCGCCGUCGCCGCCACCAAAUCUCACGGCGCCCGUCUCAUCCUCUUCGGCGGCGCCACCGCUAUCGAGGGCGGCGGCUCCUCUGCUGCUCCCGGCAUCCGGUUGGCGGGUGUUACCAAUUGGGUUCAUUCCUAUGACGUUCUUACCAGGAAAUGGACCAGAAUCCGACCGGCUGGUGAGCCGCCUUCUCCCAGGGCUGCGCAUGCUGCGGCUGCUGUUGGUACUAUGGUUGUCUUUCAGGGUGGCAUAGGUCCUGCGGGACAUUCCACGGAUGAUCUCUAUGUGCUAGACCUGACUAAUGACAAGUAUAAGUGGCACAGAGUGGUUGUUCAAGGACAGGGUCCAGGGCCCCGAUAUGGCCAUGUCAUGGACUUGGUUGCGCAAAGAUAUCUUGUUACUGUCAGUGGCAAUGAUGGAAAGAGAGUUCUGUCAGAUGCUUGGGCUUUGGAUACUGCGCAGAAACCCUAUGUAUGGCAGAGGCUCAAUCCAGAAGGUGAUAGACCAUCUGCUAGAAUGUAUGCAACUGCUAGUGCUCGCUCAGAUGGCAUGUUUCUGCUUUGUGGUGGAAGAGACUCUACUGGCAUGCCACUGGGGGAUGCUUAUGGACUGCUUAUGCAUAGGAAUGGUCAGUGGGAAUGGACACUUGCACCUGGGGUGUCUCCUUCAUCAAGGUAUCAACAUGCUGCGGUUUUUGUUGGUGCCCGACUGCAUGUUACCGGAGGUGUUCUUAGAGGGGGACGUGCAGUAGAAGGUGAAGCAGCUGUUGCAGUAUUGGACACUGCUGCUGGAGUUUGGUUAGAUAGAAAUGGGCUUGUGACUUCCUCACGCACAGGGAAGGGACUUACUGAACAUGAUCCUCCUUUGGAGAUUAUGCGCCGUUGUCGACAUGCAGCUGCAUCUGUUGGGGUUCGGAUAUACAUCUAUGGUGGUCUUAAAGGAGAUAUGCUGCUAGAUGAUUUUCUAAUUGCAGAAAAUUCACCAUUUCAGUCCGAUGUUAAUACUCCCAUACUUACAUCUGACAGAGCUGUAACUAUUUCUAGUCCAAGAGUAAAUCAAUCCAGUGUAAACUCAUUCUUGUCAUCACCCAUUUUGGACAGCAGACAAGAAGUCCCACCAUCUGGUGGCUUAAGCAUGGACAAAAAUUCUAUGGAAAAACUGGUGGAAGCUUCUGCUGCAGAAGCAGAGGCAGUUAGUGCUGUUUGGCAAGCUGUGCAGGCAUCAUCUGCCGCUUCUGCCGAGGAAACAUCUGCAUCAGAUGAAAACUCACAAGCUGCAGGAACCACUUCAGAUGGUAGUGACAAUGAAGGAGAUGUUCAUCUCCACCCAAGAGCUGUUGUAGUUGCUAAAGAGGCUGUUGGUAACCUGGGUGGGAUGGUGAGGCAGCUAUCGUUGGAUCAGUUUGAAAACGAGAGUAGACGAAUGAUUCCUGUGAAUAAUGAUCUUUCAUAUCCAACCAAAAAAUUCACAAGGCAAAAGUCUCCUCAGGGUUUGCAUAAGAAGGUCCUUUCUACACUGCUUCGGCCUCGAAAUUGGAGAGCUCCUGCUAAUAGGAGGUUUUUCCUGGAUUCUUAUGAAGUCGGCGAGCUUUGUUACGCUGCUGAACAAAUCUUUAUGCAAGAGCCCACAGUUCUCCAGUUGAAAGCUCCUGUUAAAGUAUUUGGCGAUCUUCAUGGACAGUUCGGUGAUUUAAUGCGGCUGUUUGAUGAAUAUGGAUUUCCUUCUACUGCAGGAGACAUAACGUAUAUUGACUAUUUGUUUUUGGGGGAUUAUGUUGAUCGAGGACAACACAGCUUGGAAACGAUAACUUUGCUCCUUGCUUUGAAGAUUGAAUAUCCUGAGAACGUUCACUUGAUUCGUGGAAAUCAUGAGGCUGCUGACAUAAAUGCACUCUUUGGUUUUCGUAUUGAAUGUAUAGAGAGAAUGGGGGAGAGUGAUGGAAUAUGGGCAUGGACUCGGUUCAAUCAACUUUUCAACUAUCUCCCUCUAGCUGCACUUAUUGAGAAGAAAAUUAUCUGUAUGCAUGGUGGCAUAGGGAGGUCUAUACAUUCUGUAGAACAGAUUGAGAAGCUGGAAAGGCCCAUAACAAUGGAUGCUGGAUCUAUAAUUUUAAUGGACCUUCUAUGGUCUGAUCCUACAGAAAAUGAUAGUAUAGAGGGUUUGAGGCCAAAUGCUAGGGGGCCUGGUCUUGUCACUUUCGGGCCUGACAGGGUCACAGACUUCUGUAAGAAAAACAAACUGCAGCUUAUUAUAAGAGCCCAUGAAUGUGUCAUGGAUGGGUUUGAACGAUUUGCGCAGGGGCAGUUGAUUACUCUGUUUUCUGCAACCAAUUACUGUGGAACGGCAAACAAUGCUGGAGCAAUACUGGUGAUUGGUAGGGGCUUGGUUGUGGUUCCAAAAUUGAUUCAUCCCUUGCCGCCGCCACUUCAGUCACCUGAGACAUCUCCAGAACGAGUCACAGAUGAGACUUGGAUGCAGGAGCUUAACAUUCAAAGACCACCCACUCCUACCAGAGGUCGCCCACAGCCUGAUCUUGACCGGAGCUCACUUGCAUAUAUAUGAUGCAUGACUUGAAUGGCUUGUGUAUAUUCACUUGCAUAUAUAUGAUGCGCGACUUGAAUGGCUUGUGUAUAUCAUUUUGGUACGGGAAUCUCGAUGUUCUACAGCAAACUUGGUCCUUGCACAGCUUGAAGCAGCUACCUGCUUUGUUGUAUUCUUAUAGGGUGAACUAAGAAAAAGGAGGCCUUAUGGUGUAUACGUAACUUAGAAUAUCAAGGAAUUAGCUGUUAGUCGCUGCAGGGAGAUCAUCCUUCCCCAAAUCGCGAGUGUAAUGUUAUAAUACAAGAAUGCCAAUGGAAGAGAUGUGGAAGCAUUUUCUGCUACCCCGUGGAGAAUUAUAGUGUGAUGGAAAUUGGUCGUGUAUUGUAGUAUAAACGAGGAUGAGUUGCAUUUUUUUUUUUUUUUUUUUAAAUUUAUGUAUUUCUUGAUUGUAAAUUUUUCCGGCGAGUGUGUAAGGAAAGUCUGGGCUUGCAAUCAUUUAAGAGGGUUAUACAUAAUUCUUUCAUAUGAUGACAGUGGAGAAUGAAAUAAAUUAAGCAUGUUUCUGGACAUUCAACAAA